CCUAUCUCGGCAACGAUUUCAUAAAAAAUCCGUGAAAUCACCGGUCAUGUCAUCUUACCUUCUCGCCAGAGACGCCACCGAAUCCUUCCUUGUCCACGUUUCACUCCAAACGGCUUCUCCUUCUCGAGAACAUUAGAACAAUCAUUCUGAGACUUUCACAAAGGGCAACUAGAGGGACUGAAGUUUGCUGGGUUAGUAGUCAUGGGAGCUCUAGCUCCUGUCUCCCCUUGGAUGCCAGAGGAUGAUCUUUUGUUGAAGAAUGCUGUGGAGGCUGGUGCUUCCUUGGAAUCAUUGGCUAAAGGUGCAGUGCAGUUUUCUCAGAAGUUCACUGUUCGAGAAAUACAAGAACGGUGGCAUUCUCUCCUUUAUGAUCCAAUUGUUUCUGCGGAGGCAGCUUUUCACAUGAUUGAGUUUGAGCGUUCUGCAUCAACUCUACCAUCUAAAUUCUGUAGAGUUGGGAAUACAAAAAAAAGGAAGGCUGAAAGUGUUCGUAGUUGUUAUUAUGCUUUACGUAAAAGAAUUCGCAAUGAGCCAUUUAACAGCAUGGAUCUUAGUUUUCUCAUUGCACCCACAGAUAGUAAUUACAUGGGAAAUGAAGAUGAGCCUUUCUCUGGGCAUUGCAUACUUGGAGAUCCAGUUCCUAAUCAUUUUGUACUUCAGGAAUCUAAUUUGGAUAUCAUGCAGCUUCCUUUUCCGCAAAUUGUGGAUGAUACUGCCGCCCACAGUUUUCAUGCGCAAUUCCAGAACACAAUCCAGGAAGAUUUUCCAGUGGAGCAAGAUAAUGUGCAUAAAGAGAUUCCACAAAUAUGUGGAGAAAAUAUGUUGCACGCUAGAAAUGGAUCUGUGAUUGAGGAAUUUGGUGGACCAAAAGAAUUGGCGGCAAACAGUGACCAGGUGCAUGAAUGCUCUAAGUUUGGUGGAGAUCAAGCUUUUAGUUCUCCAAUUCCAGAAUGUGCUGUAUCAUUUCAUAACUUGGAUUACUCAUCUCCUCUUCCUGAGAUGCCAAUAUGGAAGACAGUUGAGGGAGGUUCUCCACCAAGUAUUCCAGUCAGUAUGCACACAGGAGACCCAUUUUCACUUCCUGGUGAUGAUGAUACAAAGAAUACAUGUCUAUCAGAAUACGGCUCCAACUUAAAACUGGAAAUACCAAGUGAGGAAAUGAAAAAUGUAGCUGCCAGCACAGAAGGUUAUCUGGCUGAACUUUCCAAUUCCCUUUUGAAUUUUACGAAUGAGGAAGAACUUCUAUUCACAGAUGUUGAUGGAAAAGAUGCGAUUGACAAGUCCUACUAUGAUGGUCUAAGUUCACUUUUGCUGAGUUCACCAAAUGGUGCCAAUCAAGAUCACAUGGCAAAUAUAACUGAACCAGAAGUGGCAAAUGUAACUGAACUAGAAUCUUCUGUAAAUCCAGAUUAUCUUAUAAAUAAGUCUGGUGCAGGUCGUGAAGAACUGGAUGAAGAUAGAGGGUCUCACCACAGCAGUGAUGCUGUUGGAGAUUCAGAUGUUCAUUAUCAUACAUCUGCAUCUAGUUCAAACCCUCAAUUUCCUGAAAUGGGUAUUGGAGUUAUUAUCUGCACAUUGAACACUGAGGAUCCAGAUAUCCCAUGCAACGAUGAUGUUGUCUUCACCAAACACUUGCGUCCAAAAUCAUUUUCCUCUAUAGCACGGCAGAACGUUCAUGAUGUUUAUAAACCAAAUCCUUCAACAAAGGAAUUCUCAGUCAAUACAAAAACUAGUGAAGGAGGUUCAGUAUUGAUUCAGGGAGAUAUAAAAAAUCCUGGUCAAUCUCAUGCGUGUUCUCAGGUGAUAAGAUCACGGGUAGUGCCAGAAAUCAGCUCUCUUCAUCCAGUUGGUGAUGGUGGUGUUAAGUUUGACUUGCCUAGUAGCAGUUCUACUCACAAGAAUGUGAGUGUUGGUUAUGGUGGUUCAUCUCUAGUUCAUUCAGCAAAUGCUAGUGCAGAAACUGUUUUACCUGCUAAACUGAAGAAAGAAGCACCUGAAGCUGUUCCGGUGAAGCAUUUUAGUCAUGACACAGCUGAUGCUUCAAUGGAGAAGACAAAUGCAAGUGAUGUCAAACUGGACCUAGAUGCCCCACCAAGAUUUCAAACUCAUCAGGCAUCACAUGCUAAAUUGGGGUCCACAGAGAUUGCACCCUUGGAACAUGGAGUAAACCACACUCCAGAUCCAGAAGAACCACCUAUAGAAAGUGAUGAUGAUGUGCCUUAUUUUUCAGAUAUUGAAGCAAUGAUACUUGGUAUGGAUUUAGAUCCAGAAGAAAAGGAUUUGUAUUCCAGCGAGGAAGUCUCGAGAUAUCAGCAUGAGGACAUGAAGAGGGUAAUCAUCAGGCUGGAGCAGGGUGCUCAUUCUUACGUGCAAAGAGCCAUUGCAUCUCAAGGAGCAAUUGCUGUUUUAUAUGGCCGCUAUUCAAAGCACUAUAUUAAGAAACCUGAGGUUUUACUUGGUAGAGCAACAGAAGAUGUUAUUGUUGAUAUCGACUUGGGGAGGGAAGGGCGUGCAAAUAAAAUAUCUCGUCGGCAGGCAACUAUAUAUUUGGACAAAGGUGGAUCUUUUCAUCUGAAAAAUCUUGGCAAAUGUUCUAUCUCAGUAAAUGACAAGGAAAUAGCCCCUGGGCAGAGCCUAAACCUUACUUCCAGUUGUUUGAUUGAGAUAAGGGGUAUGCCGUUCAUAUUUGAGACAAACCAAAGUUGUGUGAAGCAGUAUCUGGAUAGCGUAACCCAGAAGAACCAAAAAGAAGAGCACUGACUUUGACGCCGUCGAUGAAAUAUCAUUGAAUCGGAGUGUCAUCAGAAGGUGCUAAUUUUUUUCCCCUGCACUUUCUGGGUCUUUUUUGCGAACUGUGUUCAACCUGUUGUAUGUAGGAGUAUGACUAGUGGCUAGCGCUGUUGAAAAUGAAAAAGGACUGUCGUUUUCA